GUGACUGCACACAGCUGUUCUCCGGUUUCUCCCAUCACUAUUAUAUUUAUGGGGAAUUUUGUUUGGCGGUGUUGCGUUCCCCAUAGAAUGCAAAAAUAAAACGCAAAAAGGUUGUUCACUAGGAAAUCAAACGUGAAUCAUGGCCACGUUAGUGAAGCCCAAAAAGGAGAAGAGCAAGAAGUCUUGCAACAGGGAACCGAUCCAAAAAGAAGAAGAAGAGGAGCAUGCUGAGUUAUCAACAAGUGAAGAACAAAGACCAUCGGAAAAUGUGUCUCUGCUGGAGGAGUUCCAGCGAGUGGCGGCCUUGGCCAGCAGUUCCAGUGGCGAGGCAAUCAUAAGCCACGAGUGCUGUAUUUCCAGCGAUGUAGCAGAAACGCCGCAAGAGCCAGAAACACAGGAACCCUCAGAAACGGAGGCCCAACCCAGUGCCCCAAGUGCCCCGCCCCCGUCGACUGUUCACAUCGUUCAGUACCCCAACCUGCAGCCCAUGCAGAUGUCCAACGCGCGGGUGGAGGAGCAUUCUGCUAAGAUUGUGUACCGACAGGCGGAGUCUCCAACGGGUUUCGCUCUGGCCAGAAGUCACAUUAAACCAUUGAGUACGGAGGAACUGCGGCAAAUCUACGAUUGUCCCGAUCUGGAGCUGGCCAAGCAAUUCGAGUUGGAAUUCCUAAUGAACUCAUUGCUGGAGUCCAGCGAGGCGGAUCCUCUGUAUGCGGCUGUAAUGGAAUACUAUGAACUGCAGGGGAAGAUCACCUCUAAUCUGCACGAUGUAGAGAAGCUGCGCAAGGACUGCACCGAGUCCCAAAAACAAAUCUGGGUCCGCCAGCCAGUUACACGUACUUUCAGUGGAACCUGCGGCGAUGGCAAUGUGGUCCAGGAAUCCAUCACCUACGAUGUGAUAAAGGUGGAUCCCAUUAAGCUGGAACUGGCCCAGACGGCUUUAACUGGCCUAUAUGACAUGGUGUGCCACGCGUAUACCAACAACGCGAUUACAGCCAAGAUAACCAAAGUAAAGGUGGACCAAAUAAUCAAUGAGCUGCUGACCUAUCCCAAUGUAGAUGACCAGUCGGUGGUUUCAUUGAAGUACACACAAUCUGGACAGGCACUGGAGUGCGUUUCCCAACUAAGGCGAGCCAUUUCCAUACUUUUCAGCUUCGUUCGCAGACCCAGUCCAAAUGCAAAUUUCGACAAAGACCUCAAGGAAUGGCUGCGCAAGCUGAUUGCUCUGCAACUGUUGCUGGCUACCAGAGAGGAUCACUGGUUCCUUCUAUUUAACAUCUUGCGCUGUCCCAAUGGUGUCGGAUCCUGGGCCGCCCAGUUCCUGCAAUUGCCUGGAACGCGAGCAGGGCGCCGUGGGUCCCAACAGAACGAACUGCCACUAGAGCUUAACUCUCCCGAACUUAACCACUGCAUGGCUGUGCUGCAGAUUUUGCUGAUGCCCGUGAAAAAGCGAAACGAAUAUCUCAAGAGUCAGACUCAAGCUCACCGCGAACUUUCUGCUACGGGAGCCACUGAUCGCUGGAUAGUGGUGGAUUCCGAUGGCGAGGACUCGCACACACCCGCCGGCGAAUGCGUAGGCCUGAAGGAAAGCGACCUGAUCGCACUACUCAAUCAGUUGCCUUUCGAGAAGAUCUUUACCUCGGCACUGCGCAUUGAAAAAUUUUUGGACGACUAUAUUCUCGAACCGGAUAUGAUCACGGCCCAACAAAUGCUGUCCGUGGUAAUCUUUUUUUCCCAACUGGUCAAAACCAUGGGUGAAGGAUUGCUGACCUACAACAACGAGCGAUAUAAGCAACUGGCAAAACGACUUGGUCGGCUGGUCCGACAUACCCUGCAAUACGUGUUCGAUUACAACGAACUGUUCAUAAACAACAACCUCUUCAAAUCCUCUGAGAUGUACGAGCGCAUUCAAGUGGAAUUACAAGCCUUACUUGUACGCGCCUGUGGCUACAUCUACCGCACCCGAAACCUUGGCACCUGGCAAUACUUUUCCACGUUGCCCUUCGCCACCUUGGAUGCAGAAGUGAUCUGGCACUUGUAUUACUAUCUAAAUGUGGGUUUUCCCACGGAUUUGGCCAACGAUUUAGUGAGCAAUGCGGAGGCAGCCUUUCAAGCAGAAGACUUCUGGCGCAAAUUCGAUCUAGCGAAUGCCGACGUGGCGCCCGAGGAUAUGUACUACCUUUUGCAGACCUUUUUUGAGAUGGCCAAUGAACGAAACCGCUCUAAGGAUGGAAGUCUCGUCAAGGCAAUCUGCCUGCACAUCUUCCACAUUGGAUAUAUACAUCAAUCCACGAGGGAAAUUUGCUAUAAAACUGCGCGUGAUAUGCUAGCCAACUUAAUGGAUGAGGAUUUGUUUAGUUGUUUAUUGGUUCAGCUGAAAAUGCGAUACGGAGAAGUAGAUCAAGCGGCUUAUCUUUUUAAAGCUCUGCCCCUGGAAAACUGGCACCCCAGCAUGGAUAGCUUUGAGGUGCUCUCAAACUGGCUUCUUCACUUUGACUACCAGUCUUCGGAGAGUCAUUUAGCUCGUUUGAUCAUCAGUCACUUGAACUGGGGAUUGGACUGCGAGGGCCGACUUUUCCUGCCACACAACAUACACGUGAGAAUGGCUCACCUAGUGAAUGAAUCUCUAAAUAAAUACGCUCCGGAGGUUAUUGGUGCCUCCGGCAUUUCUGAGAGCGUGCGUCAAGUGUCUUCCCUCAUUGAUUCCACGCAAUCUAGUCGAGAACAGUUUACGAACUGGUGCUGGCGCAUGGUCUCCGUCUUGCGGCUUCAUCUGAUGGACCAAGGCGUGGAGUCCGUAAAGCGCACUCUCCAACAUCCCACAGAACCACUACUUUUUAUUCCCGAACUGGAACGAAUGGAGUUGAUCUUCCAGGGUGUUAAUGAGAACAGACCCCUGGCUUUGUACGUGGGUAUGUUGGUCAGCCUACAUGGCCAUUCUAUUCCGCUGAUCUGCCAGCACGGAUUUAACCUUCUUCAGCAACUUCUGCUGGAUCACCGUCACGCGGCCACAAUUCGCUGCUUGGAGUUAAUCGUACCAUUGUUUUUGGAAACGCCAGAAACUCUGGCCAAUUGUGAAAGUUUUCAGAGACUUAUGACUACUCUACUAAACGCAGAUCGUACCUACUUAAAGCUGGCUAAGGACAUGGUCUACGCAAAUUCGAUUGGCCCCAUUCUGGAAUUACUAGAUAACAUGUUGCACCAUCAGAUUAUCUCGUACACAAACUAUGGACUUUGCUCACCGCUUAAUCUUCUCAACAUCUGGCUCAACUGUUUUACCACACUGCCAGGAUGGUCGCAGAACUCCAAUUUAUUGUAUCUUCUUGACAGAAUGCUACGUAUCUCGUACCAGUUUCCCGACUGCCGUGCUCAAGCUGUUGAAUUUUUCUACAAUUACUACAAGGAUUGCACAGAAUGGAAGUCGGCACCUAAAGGAUCAGCUCUAAAAGCUUUCUUCGGCGGACAGUCUGUUUCUCGCAUUCCCGUAAUCUCGCCCCAAAACUGCUGGCUGAAUUUAGUGAUUCUUGAGAUUGAGUUCCGUCUAGUAGACACGCGAAUCUUUCCCGAACUUUUGCGACAAAUUUCCGCUCAACCCGUGGAAGUGGCUCUCAAAAAAACCAUCUCCUUGAGCAAAUCCAACAGCUUUCCCGCCAGCCAACUGGUGAUAUUCAAAUACGCCCAACUGCUGGCCAGCAUGGACAGCACUCACGCCCUAUUUCCUAUCGUUUGUCAAAAAUUUUUCGAACUCUAUCUGUGGCGAGUGCCGACAGAAAACGAAUCGCUUAACUUUAGUCACAAUUUUGGGGUAUCUGACAAGUUUUACGAAUAUAAUGUGCCUUUGAUGAAGAGUAUUAAGUCCCAACUGAAGUCUGCUGACUCGUACUAUUCUGCGCUAGCAACCAAAAACGCCAGUGAUGAUGCCAUGGCCCACUUCUAUCGAAAUUGUUGCAAGCUAAUGCAAAACUGCGCGCUUUGGCUGGAGGAAACUCAAAUAAAUCACUUUACCAGUGAUGCAGAGCACCUGCCCGCCCAGUACAAUUCCGAGAAGCUGCGCGAACUGUUAAGUGGUCAUGUCAGCCACUGGACGGAGUUCCUGUGCCUCGCUUCGUUACGCAAGGAGCAACGCCAUCAGGCUGAUCACUGGGCCCGAAAAGUGAUGAGACUUCCCAACCAAAAGGCUCCCAGGACACCAGUGCAACCAAAGCCGCGACAGCCGCCUGCUCAACACAUUAAAAGCCUGCUACAUAGUUACGAGAAGAUUGUUGAGAAUCCAGUGCAUGUUUGUGUGGAACCUACCAAGACGCCGCUGAUCGAUGCAAAUAUUGUUACUCAGAUUCAGAAAAAAAUGAACACGUUGAACUCAACGGCCAACAACUACCAUUAUAAGACGUCCGAGUUAAAUUCGCUGAACCUGAACUAUUUGGAAAGAGUGCCAACACUCUACUCGAUGAUUCCCUAUGAAGAAACCAGGCGAAAGGAGUGCACAUCCCUGCUCUUCAAGCGAAACUGUACAGCUCCUGCCCACAUAAAACUCACUCCGGAGCAUAUACGAAUCAACGACGUUAUAUCCCGAAAACAAACGCAGAAUCGAGAAAGGCAUGAUAAAAUUAUUGACGAUCUAUUGUUGGCCAUGAAUGUAGACAGUUUUGCUCAAGCCCUCGAGGAGUUGGGCGUCUGUAUCGGUGCCCUACUGGUUGCCCCGUUGGAAUCAAGAGUCACGCAGAUAGGCGUGCAGGUGUUCUAUCACAUAGUGGAUAACCUAAACGAGGUGACAAUGAAAUUCCAACCAACACAUGACCUGUACUUUCAAGUAUUGGAGAAGCUUGGGAUGUUUCUGGAAGCAGACCAGGCCACCCAGGGAUUGGCGGUUCUUCGUCUGGCGCUCAAACGACCCGAUCUUUUAGAGCUGCUGGCCGGAGUCUUUGUGCCCAGCCGCACUGACGUGGAUCACUUUCUGCCCAUGUAUGAGUUCCUUAUUGACUCGCAUCUCAAGCACUGCGACACACAGACUCUGUUCGUACUAUUCUCGAAAUUCGACCUUUUGGGAUGGAUGGAGGCCUAUCAGCCAAAACUGAGCGAGAUCAACCGUCUGCUUCUGCUGGUUCUGCAGGGACUGGAGGCAUGGUCUCAGCCCGAUAGCAGUCUUUUACAAGAUCUGUUCCGUAGGCAUCUAGUCCAUAUUUUUGGUUACGAUUUCCCACAACACUACGGCGAGGUAAUGCAGCUCGUUCUGGACCGCACGUCGGAUCAAAAACUUAUGCCAGUUGUUCUUGUGGACCUGUUAAACGCGUUGUUUGUCCGCUCCAACUGUCUGGUGUUGUCUUUGGAGCAAAGCGAAGUGCGGGUGCACGAACUUGCCUUGGACUUUGCCCGACAUCAAAAGUUAUUUACCCUGAAGGCGGCAACGGACACACUUCUGCUGUUAUCCCGACAUUUUCAAAAGGAGCGCCUCCAUCAUGGACUCCACGGACUGUAUCCCAAGCACAAGGAUUAUUGCCAGGCGCUGGUCCUGUGGUUCACCUCCUUCGGUCAUACGCUUCUCGCUUCGGCCAUUUGCAGCUAUCAGGCGCUACUAGCUGAUCAAAUCAGCGAUAUCGUGUUUGGAUCUAUUGUGGAGAUGUACAGCCCCUGGCUAAUCCCCUAUACCGAGGAAACGGUUAGUGGCGUAGCCCACUGGAUUCGCCAGCUGACUCCUGGACAAAGCCAAGUGCUCUUACCAUGGAGCGAGCAGCAUGUGAGCAGCUCCAAACUCAUGAUCCGUUCCUUCGUUGCCACCAUAUUACAAGUAGUGCAGUAUCUGCCUUCGUCGAACAAGAUUCUGGAGCACGUAUUCGCCUGGUACGUGCAUCACUUUGCCCAACCGAACACAGCUGGCCACGUGCUGGCGCCCAUUCACGAGGGAUUGGCUCAAUUGCCCUGGGAACGUUUCCUACCACCGGCACAACACGUGGAGCUGCUCUAUGAUAGCCUGCAAAAAUUUCUGCCAGAGUCACACGCCAUGCUGGGUCACAUAUUCAUUCGAAUUGAGUGGAAUAAUUGGUUUGCCCAGAUGCCCCAGCCAGUGUCGAUUCUAUCCCGACUUUUCAACAUAUUCGUAAAGAUCGCCUUCGAACCGAACAUUCACAUUCACCCCAAUACGAGCAAGAUUCUGGAGGAUGCCAUUCAUUAUCCAUGGCAUUUGGUGGAAUACAGUGAGCUGGAGCAGCUGCUCAAGUGGUUCGUGGCCAGUGUGGAGCCAGCCAUUGCCCUGAAGAUCCCAGCCGAGAGUAACUAUGCGGACCGCGCUGUUUUGGAGCUCCUUCGCCUGGCUUGUGCCAUGUUGCCGGAACGCUCUGCGCAGGAUGCCAUUGUUCUGGGUACCGCCAAGCGCAUGCUCUACACCCGGUCCAUGGUCCGAAUGCAGCGAGCAUGCGGAGCCAAGCACAACAAGUUGUUGGCCACGAAGGAGGGCGAGCGUGCCUUUAGUAACGCAUUCCUAGAGCUGCUGAAUAGCAUCGACGGAGCCAUCAGCAGCUGCAGUGAGCAUCGUACAGUGGAGGAACAGCGUAGAGAAGCAAUCAACCUGAUGCUGGAGCUGGUUGCGCCCACCCAGACGCAGAGCCAGGAAGUGUCCAACAUACACAUAAAGGCUCUUGUUUGGUGGCAGCAGCGUUGUUCUCCGGGCAACCUGGUCAUGUGCUCCACCCUGCCCGCCAUCGGUCACCUCAACACAUACAUCGCCAGCAUUUAUUCGCUGUUGGAGACCAGCAUAGAGAACUACUUUCGCACCGCGCCGGAGAGCGCGCCGUGGCACGCGCCCAGCUGGCAAGGUUUAAUAGAGGCACUGAGCAUGUCGCUGCCGAAACUAGACCUUAUGCCGAUCAUGCAGGGCAGCUACUUCUUCUCCCUGCAUGUUUUCGUGGUCUACAAGAUGGAGGAGAUCGCGACGGAUGGGGAUAAGGUGACCUUCUUGCAGGACCUCACCCAGUUGCUGGAGAACUUGAAAACCAGCCCACUGACAGAACCGCGGAUGGCCCUAGUUUGGGGCGUGGUCAUUGCACGGGGCUGUCAAAUUGCGCAGAUCAACCAGCAGGUGAAGAAGCCACUUCACAUGCUGGCGAGGCACCUACAGAUUGCAUCAACUAAGGCAGAAGGCUGGGGCGAUGGUCUGCUGGGAGUGAUCGGUCUCAAAUCGGAGGUUAUUACCAACAGACGAAAAGUGCUAACCCGUUGCUUGGCUUGCGUGAUCUUCUCGCUGUUUCCGGCCAAUCGGGACCUUCGUUUGCCAUCAGACGAGUACGAAAGUGCGCUCCGGGAGCUAUCUAUGCUGCUGGCCAACAAGAAGUUCACCGACAUCAAGCCCUUGAUCGUUCGGGCCGUUAGCCUGCUCAAGGAAACCACAUUUCCCGAUAUCCGGGCCGUACCUCAUAUGGUCUGCCGACUAAUCAGCAUCUUCUACGAGGAGAGCUACCUGACAACCAUUCCAGAGGUCUGGGACUUUGACUUCAAGUUGAUUGCCACGUAGCUUACCGACCAAGAGGAUUAUUCUAACCAUCUUAACAGCCAGUUGUGUUAUUUUCCAGGUGUUAUAUAUCAUCUAACUAGGUAUAGGGUAAAUAAAGUGAUCAAUUUUAAGCAAUUUUCAAAAUUGCAAAACACAUAA